GGAAAUGGCGCGCAUGUGUCGAUCGGCUGUCUCGCCGGAACGGGCAACACGCCAACGGCCUCGUCUGCUUUCUCGUCAUCGUGCCGUGCCGCUGCCCCCGACAAGCCGCGGCGCGACGCGCCGCCCUGUGUGCCCCUCUUCCCCCUGCGUCGCUGUCACGGCGCGUCUCUGAAUAGGAGGACCCCCCCGACGCAGCUGCCGAGCGGCGAGCGCGAGCCUGACCGGUGCGUCGCGUAACUCGCGGGUGAGAACGAGAGGAAUAGGGAGAUGGUGGAGAUCCCGGCGAUCGACCUGCGGCUCGCCGGAGCGGGCAGCGCCGAGGAGACGGCGCGGCUGCGCGACGCGUGCGUGCGGCUGGGCUGCUUCCGCGUGUCGGGGCAUGGCGUGCCGCCGGCCCUCCAGGCCGAGAUGAAGGGCGCCGUGCGCGCGCUCUUCGACCUCCCCGACGACGCCAAGCGCCGCAACGCCGACAUCAUCGCCGGCAGCGGCUACGUCGCGCCGAGCCCCGCCAACCCGCUCUACGAGGCCUUCGGCCUCUGCGACGCCGCCGCCUCCGCCGACGUCGACGCCUUCUGCGCCCGCCUCGACGCGCCGCCCCACGUCAGGGAGACCGUGAAGGCGUACGCCGAGAGGAUGCACGAGCUGAUCGUCGACGUCGCCGGCAAGGUCGCCGCGAGCCUGGGGCUGGACGGCCGCUCGUUCCAGGACUGGCCGUGCCAGUUCCGCAUGAACAGGUACAACUACACGCAGGACUCCGUGGGCUCCCCCGGCGUGCAGGUCCACACGGACUCCGGCUUCCUCACCGUGCUCCAGGAGGACGAGUGCGUCGGCGGGCUCGAGGUGCUCGACCCCGCCGCCGGCGAGUUCGUCCCCGUGGACCCCCUCCCCGGCUCGUUCGUCGUCAACAUCGGCGACGUCGGACAGGCGUGGAGCAACGGGAGGCUGCACAACGUGAAGCACCGGGUGCAGUGCGUGGCGGCGGUGCCGCGCGUCUCGAUCGCCAUGUUCCUGCUCGCGCCCAAGCACGACACGGUGAGCGCGCCGGAGGAGCUGGUGGACGACGGGCACCCGCGCCGGUUCAGGGAGUUCAAGUACGACGACUACCGGAGGCUCAGGCUGUCCACCGGCGAGCGCGCCGGCGAGGCGCUCGCGCGUCUGGCGGCCUGACGACCUGGCCACGCACGCGCACGCGCGCGACAUUGCUGCGCCAGCCCGUUGGGUGAACUAGGCUGGACAGUGAUAUGCUGAUAUGAAAGAUUGCGUACUAGCUGUACGGUAGCGAGGGAUUAAUCUGCCCCACGUAAUGAAAGGACAUUAAAGUUAUAUUGGGUUAAAAAAAUAGUACUGGCAGUAACCAUAGUAAGUUUGGCUA